CAUCACAGGCUCACAGCACCCCAAGCUCACUGCUCCCUUCGAGUCGAAGGAAAAAAGAAACUCACUCCCCUGCCGACCAAAACCUAACCACCGAUCCCCACCCUCUCCACCCUGCCGGCGGCCGAACGGCUGCCCGUCAUGUCCUCGCCGGCGCCGCCAAUUGCCCCGGCCAUGGCCUCGCCGACGCCGCCAGUCGCCGAAUGUCCGACACCGUCCUCGCUCCUGGCCCUUCCGGAUGUGAACCUGGAGGAUAUAUUCCUCCGCCUGCCCACACCGGCGGCGCUCGCCCGCGCCUCCCUCGCCUGCGCCGCCUUCCGCCGCAUCAUCACCGAGCGCUCUUUCCUCCGCCGCUUCCGCAAACUCCACCCGCCUCCCCUCCUCGGCAUCAUCGACGACGAAGGUGUCUUCGUGCCCACCGAGGCGCCCCACCCUUCCGCCCCGCUCUCCCGUGCUCUUGUCCAAGGGGCUGAUUUCACCUACUCCUUCGUCCCAAAGCCACUCGGUAAAAAUCACACAAUCUGGUCUCCCUGCGACGUCCGCGACGGCCGCGUCCUCCUCGAGCACCGCCGGUCUGGAGCUCACACUUUCUUCACAGACCUGGCGGUGUGCGACCCCCUGUCGCGGAGGUACCUGCUGCUCCCACCCAUUCCUGAGGAUAUGACGAUCGAGCAAGAGCGCCUCGAUGAAUUGCGGCAUUUCCUCAUUCCCAUUCGCGAGAAUGAAGAUGAGACAUCGCUCAAGGUGAUCUGUCUGGCAUAUUACAGAAGCAAGUUGGUCACAUUCAUCUUCUCUUCUGUCACGGGACAAUGGUGUAUAGCUGCGACUACCAGCUGGAGUUCUUUGGGCGUAGUUGACCCCUUCAAGAGAUUGUUCUCCUGUUUUAACUACUUUCGCGGCUGCUUCUACUGGUCCUUGGAUUGGGAGCACAAGCUGCUUGUGCUGGACACACACAGGAUGGCGUUUUCCACUCUCAGUAUUCAUCAUCCUGCCUACUAUAUGAAGUUUAUAGGUCAGCCUGAACACAUCAGAUGCAUGCCUACUGUUGUCGAGGAUAGAAAAGGAGCCCUUGAAGUGUUUAAUCUUGUCGGUGAUCCUUUUGAAUCUACCCCGUUUGAUCUCACCGGUGGUCCUUACAAUCUUACCCCAUUUUACAUCUAUCAUACCUUUCGACAAAAAGGAGAAUCUUCCAGUGAAUGGCAGCUGUUAAAUGUUAUGGAGUUGCCUCGCGGAUAUUGUUAUUAUACUGUGGGUGCAGCUGAGGGGUUCUUAUUCCUUGGAGCUGGAGGGAUUGGGAAAACUCAGCCGGAUGAUUGGGGUGCAGAUGUUUUUUCGCUGGAGGUCAAGACUUCUCAACUUAAGAAGGUCUGUAGAGCAACAAACGUCACUGUCUUUUGUUUUCAGUCUUACUUCGGCUUCCCACCAUCAUUGUCAACACCGAGUCUAUGAACUACAAAGCGGGAUGAGCUCACUUCGGUUUUGGAGGCUUUUAUCUGGGCCAUGCAUCUGGGAAUUGAAGGAUGGUCAAGAUGGUGCUGUGGAUAUGCUGGCUGGUUGUGCCAUACUAUUUAUCAGAAAAUAGUAAUCUGUUAAGCGUAUUUAAGCAGACACUUUCUAUAGCACUAGUGUGUAAGAGACAUACUGUUGUGCCGGGAGAGUAGUCAUUACCAAUUGUGGUGGCUUUGUCUAGCAAUAAUUUGUCAGAGACACAUUCUUGUUGUGCUGGGAGAAUCGCCGCUUGUUGUUGUACUUAAUCUGCUCAAUAAGUUAUGCCCUAGGGCAUUUGGCCUGCU